ACCACAACCAGAACUGCUAGAGUUAAAUUACAGCAUAGAGUUUGUAAUGACGCUGCUAAAAUGAGAGUAUCGACUGGAAGCACAAAAUGAGCCAUGAUAAGUAUUUUAGCUAUAAAGUGAUAAACAGGCUCUUGUUUCGACGUUAGUUAGCCGUUAGCUGCAGAUAGCAUGAUGCCGUUUAACUAGCAUAGUUGUUAGCUAGUUGACAGCAGCAGCAUGGAGCAACUUAUCUGCGUUUAGAAGCAAAGGCCCUGUCAUUUUAUUGUUUUAAAGUCCAUGCUAGCUGCUCGAGCAGUUGCGGUGGGCUUCACUCUCUUAUCUGUGGCCAAAACGAUGACUUCUGUGGCAGCGACGACAUCCUCCGAGCUGCAUGCAUCAGCCAACCCGGAUGCACGCACCGGGAGCCCGCAGCGGAGGCUCCAGAGGCUUCCUGCUGUACCUGGACGACACCCGAACCGAGUGAAUGACCUGCUGCUUCUCCGGCCUGAAACAGACAACCAUACUGCAAAGGAGAAGAGCAACAACAAGCAUGUGGUGUUUUUCCACGGUGACAUUCAGAACUUCCAGGAGGAGAUGGCUCUGCAGCCAGAGGGAUCUCAGUGGCUCCGCUGGAGUCUGGAGCAGGUUGCUCUCACGUUGGGCCGACGCUUCCCCGACUGCCACGUUUGGGUGGUCCGAGCCUCCCGCAUGUACCUCCACAAGUUCAGCUGCUACCACAAUUUUGUUGAGAGCAACAUGUUUGGAGCGCCUGAGCACUCGCCGUAUUCUGCUAAGUUUGGAGCGUUUCUCCACCUAAGAGCCCUGCUGAGCCACGGCAUGGAGCGAGCCGACCUCCCACACCCCCUGCAGCCACAGGGAGGUGCUGACAGCAUCCCCUCAGGCUUCUCCCUCAUCCUUGUGGGCUUCAGUAAAGGCUGCGUGGUUCUGAACCAGCUGGUGUAUGAGCUGCCUGGGGCCCGCGCAGACCCACAGGUGUCCCACUUUGUUAAACGGAUCACAGACAUGUUCUGGCUGGACGGGGGGCACCCAGGAGGCAGUGAGACCUGGGUGACAGACAAACAGGUGCUGAAGGAACUGGCGUCCAGCGGGGUGUCGAUCCACGCCCAUGUGACCCCCUAUGAGGUGUGUGAUCCCAUGAGAGCCUGGGUGGGCCGCGAGCACGCACUCUUCAUUAAGACCCUGGAGGAGUUUGGGGCGUGUCCCAGUAAGAAGCUGCACUUUGAAGAUGAGCCCCCCUGCAUCGAGAACCACUUUAGGGUCAUCCUGGACUUCUGAGCUCUGUUAACACGAGUCUGAGCGAUUAUCUGAACUUCUCUGAGCGCUUUGGGUUAUUUAUAAGAGAUGGAGUGUCUUAUUUGCUGCUGUUACCUCAUUUUUCGGUGAUCUGAGGGCUCAGAGUGAUGGAUGGAUGCUGGUUUGUUGUACUUUCUAAAACUAACGUGCACUUGAUCCCAGCUUCAGUGAUUCCCUGGUAACGUGCUGCAUCCCAGUCCCCCAAACUGGCCCUACCCCUCUGUUAAAGAGUGCUCCUGUGGCUAUGAUGCAACUUUUCAUUUUAGAGUUAAUAUAUAAUGGUCCUCUAACCCUCUAACAGAGAGUUUUUCAUUCAUCAAAAACACUCCAAAAAAAUAUGCAGAAGAAAAUUUCCACAAUGCAUUCAAAAUGAAGUAGUGUAAACUAAAGUUUUCAAAGUUUUAGAUGCUUUGGUGCCUAGCAUGUGUUUUAAAAUAAUCUCUGUUGUUUUAUAGAUAGUAAGGAAAGAUACCAAAGCUCUAAAAAAUAUUCAGAUCUUCAAUCAUAUAUGUAUAUUUUAAAAUAUUUCUUUUGAUUUUCUUUUUUUUUUUUGCAUUUAAUAGAGAUAAAUAGGACAGUGGAUAGAGCCAGAGAGUUAGGAAUGACAGACGGUGAAAGAGCCACCGGCAAGACUUGAACCUGGCUGUCCGUGUACAUGGGGCACGACCUAACCACUAGGCCAUCUGCGCCCCAGAUCUUCAGUCAUGUUUUAACCUAAAGCUGAAGUUACAUUUAUACUCCUUAAAAAACACAAAAAGAGAUCAGAUGAGGUGACACUUCUCUGAAUCAGCCAGUGUGUAUUUGUCUUUUUGACAAUUAAAGACAAGAAGGUACCCAGUAUUGGGUUGCUAGGAUUUUUUUUUUUCUUGCCAUGGUAUGAAAACAGUAGGGCUGAACGAUACAAUGUUUUACAACAACAAUGUCAAUGGGCAAAUGCACACUUGUCACAUUGCAGGAUGUGCAAUGUCAGUCCUAUGACCUGAAGCGUGUCAUGCAAUCCAAAACCUGAAGUUUUCUUAUUUUCACGACUAGUCUGUGAUAAAAGUCUGUCUCGUAUCAUUAUUAUCAGUCAGAGAGCAGUUCAUAAUUAGUCUACGUGUAAAAACAUAUAGGCUAGCACUGCAGUGUCACAGAUACACUGGUAUGACUCUUGAGGCAGACUAAAGCCCAGUUCAGACCAAAGAGUUGUGACGCAACAAGACUGUUAAAGAUUGUUGCUGGUGAAAGUUGCAGCAGUCUGAAUCAGGCCGUUGUUGCUUCAAUGGUCUGGUUGUCCCUACUAUAAGCAGGAUGCCAUCCUGGUUCUUGUUUAUAUACGGUCCAUAAUUUGCAAGACGUGUCCAUACAUUAUUUUGAAGUUCUAGGUGUGUGCUGCAGUGUCACGGUCAUAGUUUAACAAUAGGUACACUGACAGAGCUAGUAAUGUAGACUAAACUUAACUGAAUGGCAAAGUAACACAAUAUCAAGCAACAAGUUUAUAACAAACUGGACUACACUUUUCAUCGACCUUCAUGUGUGUGUAUCAACGCUGCUGUCAGAGGGCUGACCCAGUGUGUGAAAUUUGAAAUCUAAAUUAUUUCAAGACCCAAAUAAGAAAAAUCGAGUCAAUAGUUGUUUGACUUUUAAUUUAAUCAAUGUACAUAAAAAGUCAGAGCAAUUAUCAGGUUUAAUUUCCUUUUCUAUAUGUAAAAAAAAGAAAAAAAAAAAUCACAGUGUAUAUCACAGAAAGAAAAAUUAGCCAACGUCAGUUUUGUCCAGUAUCGUUCAGCUUUACAACACAGGCAUCAUGGCUUUAACUUGACUCAUAUUGAAGUUUAAAAGUUGUUACUAUGACAACCCUGGAGUAAACACAACUCGGCUGCUUUUGCCAGAAGCAGCCAUGUUUUGUCUUGGAAUGUUGUAGGGAUGAUAUGAAAGAAAAGAAGCUCUUCUUUAAAGCUUUUUAAGAUUUUUUUCUUCAAUAAUGAGGAUUUUUUAGUGACAGGACAGUCUAUUUUGUAAGAUUAUCAAUAAUAGUAAGCAAAUGUUUUGUUAGCAAGCAAGUCAACAAGGAUGUUCUUGUUGACCUUUUAGGUAAAAGUUUCUUUUAUCAGCACAUUUUUAAAAUAUUUAUUUUGGGGCACUUUUUGGCUUUAUUUAGAUAGUAUGAACAUUUACUUUAAAGCUGAAGGGUUUAAGACUUGGAAGAGAUAGAGAGUGGGUAAUGACAUGUGGGAACGGAGCAUUUGCUUUGAGGACCGCAGCCUCUGUUAAUGGGGCGUGCAGACAUGACCACAGCCUUACAGUUACUUGCAUGUUGCAUGUAUGAAGCUUAAAACAUCUGAUGUAACCAAUGAUUGAUGGACAGUCUCCUGGGAGUAGAUUUGACUUUUCAACCCAGUAGAGGACACUCUAAGACGUGGGUUAGGACCAUGAGGGGAACAUUGUUUUGAACCCUGUUGGCUCUGAGUAAGACCCCAUUAUGUAUGAAUAUACUUUUCCCUUCUCUUUCUUUAAACUUUUACAUUUGAUUCACUCCUUAAACUUUAAUUUUGUCUCCUUUUAGAAACUUUUAGUUGCUAGGGAGUUGUUGAUUUAGAAACAUGAGUGAUUCAUAUUGUUUAAGUUAGGUUGCACUUAAAAGGAAUCUAUAAAAUGUGUACAAUUAUUAGUAAUUGUGAUUUAGUUUAAUUGUAGAUUUCUGUGAUUUUUUUGUUUUACUUCAUGUUUGUUUGGCUAAAGCUUAUUUCUCCUUAUACCUGCACUUGUAGGAGCGACUUUAAGACACCUGAAUGUGUAAACUUCCUGUUUCUCAGAGGAGAGUCUUGAUUGUAUUCAAAUUUUUGUAGCUGGUUAUUGAAGCCAAAUACAUGAAGUACUAACAUGCAAUUCCCAAAGUAGAUUGUUCUGAAGCAAUUUUUAAUCUAAAAUUUCCAUUGAUGCUCUUUAAAAAAGAAGCAGUGGACAGAGGAACUUCACUUCAGAUCAGCCCAUUGUUUCCUUGAUUGCACCUUUAAUGGGUCGGCCCAAGAUACAUCAGAUAAAUAUGGAAAAUAUUAUCAGGACAUGAAGUCUGAAGUCUUGUUCUGUUGCUACACAGAGACUUAACUGCCCUUAAAACACAGAUUAAGGAGACUGAAAAUCUUCAAUGUGAAAGGCUGAUAAAACUUUAUAUAUGACAAUGAAUCAUUUCACUGAGAGUAACAGCUCUGGUUGUCUCACCUUAAGGUUCAUUCAGCAGCUGGUCUGGAGCUUCAGAUCAGACCAUUUCUGGUGAUAUUUGGACAGCAGCUCUUUUUAGAGCUCUAGUGGAGCAUUUGAACAGAAAAUGAAUUAAACUACAGCUUUCUUUGGCACUUUUCCUCUCAGACAUACACUAUCUACAUCCUGAGAAGCUCUCCUUUUGUUAUACGGUGCACUCUACGAUCUUUUUAUUAGGUAUACUUGUUCAACUGUUUAUCAUUGCAAAUAUCUCAUCAGCCGACCACAUGACAGCAGCUUAGGCAUGGUCAAAAUUUGCUCAAGUUAACAUCCUGAUUGUCUGAUUAGAUAUUUGUAUAAUGAGCAGUUGAACAUGUACCUAAUUAAGUGAUCGGUGACUGAAUGUCACCUUUGAAAUAACAAACUGCAAGGUAUUCUACUUUUUUCUUUUAAAUUCACCAAAUUAACUUUAAAUAUAACAUUGGCACUUCUCUUUCAGAAAAGUGUAUUUUAGUUAAAGAACUUAGGUAAAAAGAAGCACCUAAGUUAAAAGAUACAUCUUCAUGUUUUCAUGUUAAACUUUUCCUCAUGCUGUCAGAAACACAUUAGCAUAAAGUAUAACUGUAUAAACUUGGUUCAUUGCAGUAUAAUUGUAAAAAUAUGCAUCCUUGCUGUUUUGUGGCAACGUGGCAGCAUGUGUAAGUUAUUCUGUGUGAUCUCUGUGUAACCUUACUGAGCUUUUGCACUACGCUGAUGAAGGCUGUACUGCUGAAUGUAACUUCCGAUCAUUCCAUUGUGUUUACAUGAUGUUGCUGUUUUAAAAAACAAAAACCCACAGUGUGAGGAGUGUAGACGCACUAUUUUAAAUCCUCUGCUUCUCAGUUUGUUGACUUCAUAAUCCUGUUCUGUACAUGUAAGAGAAAAAACGACAGAGAAAUGAGUCUAUAAAAAGUCAAAGAGAAAUUCACAUGUUGGUCUUGUUUGCAUAUUUUGGGUUCUGAUAGAUGGGCUGUACAUUUAGAGUUCAGCUGGCAGCUGAAAAUGUCUUGCAGUACCAAAUUUAUUAUCACUAAAAGAGCUUGGUUUCACCACCAACAGGCUCAGAUUAUCUGUAAUAUUUGAAAGUAUUUAUUGAAAGAAUCACAAAUGAUAGAUGAAAUCCUUUGAAUUUCAAUUAACAGCCAUAAUGCUGCUCUGAAUAACAGCACCAAAAACCAUUAACAAAAAUAGGAAUUUUACCUCGCCAACUACCAUAGAGGUUAAUGGCUCAGUUAGUUUUGUUUAUGUAUCUGUCUGACUGUCAACUCUAAGUAAACUCUGAGACAGUACACAUCAAAUCAGUUACAGCAUGGAAAAAAUAGAAGAUUUUUACAUCAGGACAGUAGAAAAUCCCUUGGCUGCAAUGUGAAACUAAUGUCACAGCAGGGUUUGGUGGCUUUGAAGAGAAGAUGUAGGGACUAUAAAAUAAUCUUAAGAGCAGAAUAAAACAUGAUGUAUUUAUU